GUAUUAUGCAGCGCUAGCUGGUUUUUUAUUUUUGAACUACCCACAGAUACCGCGGCUACUGGCAUGACAGUCCACAUGACUUGCGCGAUUUCGUUAUAAACGUUUGAAGUCUUCGGGUCUCAUACUUCUUACUCUCUUGCCCCUGCAAGCGCUCGUGCAGCAUCUUUAAUAUCGCGAAGUAGCUCGCUACUUACCCUACUCACGUGCUUAAGUCACUGCUCCGUCUACCUCGGCCCACUAUGUUGGACGAAGAAAAACGCCCAUCUUCCGAUGAGAGGGAAACUAAAUCUACAAGCGACGCUGGCGGCAAUAAAGCCAUCGCCACAUCUGAUGAAGAGAAGAGGCUCGUGCGCAAGCUCGACCGCAGGAUUUUACCCAUAACAUGCCUGCUUUAUCUCUUUGCUUAUCUUGAUCGCACGAAUCUUGGAAAUGCACGCCUUCAGGGACUCACACAGGAGAACCUUGGUGGCGACCCUACUGGUAUACUGUACGAUUGGGUCAACUCGGCAUUUUUCUUUUCAUAUAUUAUCUGUCAAGUUCCUGCAACAAUAAUCUCAAAGUUGUUUCCACCAUCCUAUUGGAUAGCGGGCGCGGCUGUUGGGUGGGGUAUAUGUUCCACGUUAAUGGCGACGACAUUCAACUUUGGAAGUCUCAUAGCCGCUCGCAUUGGGCUUGGCGUAUUUGAAGCUGGCUUUGGCCCCGCAAUUCCACUCUAUUUUUCGUUCUUCUACACUCGCACCGAAAUGGGCUUGCGCAUGGCAUACUGGUUUGGUUUUGCGGCGGUCGCGGGUGCGUUCGGUGGGCUCAUCGCGUUCGGUGUGCAGCAAGUGGGGUACGGACCAUAUAUCGCUGGUGUAGGGGGAGAGUGGGACUGGAAAGUCCUGUUCCUUAUUGAGGGAAUCCCGGCUCUUCUUCUCGGUGUUCUGACUUUCUUCGCGCUCCCUGACCGACCGGAGAGCACAAGAUACUUGAAUGCGAGAGAAAGAGAAAUUGAACUGGAACGCAUGAACAGGGGCACGACCGCGGAUGUUGGCGCUGUGAUCAAAAAAGAACACAUCAUGAUAGCUCUCCUCGAUUGGCGUAUAUACACUGGCGGGAUGAUUUACUUUGGUGUGAAUUGCGCUCUCGCAAGCAUUUCGGCAUUCUUGCCAACGAUCAUCGAGACUUUUGGGUACACCAACGCGCUCGCUCAGUUACUCACGGUACCACCAUAUGCAGUGGCUGCUGUCGUCCUCUGUUUAACGUCCUACACAUCCGAUCGCAUACAAGAUCGUGGCUUGGCGGUUGCAGGUUCCUGCGCCGUCGGUGCUAUUGGCUACCUUCUUUUGCUCACAGUCCCCAACAAUGUUCACGUGCGAUACUUCGCCGUGUUCUGCAUCACGAGCGGGACAUACACUGCCAUUGGCUUAAUCAUCGCAUGGUUUGCACACAAUCUCGGCUCUGAGACCAAGAAAGCGACGGGCAUCCCGAUGUUCAUGGCGAUUGGGCAAUGCGGGAGUAUCCUCGGCUCGCACAUAUACCCUUCGACGGACGGCCCGAAGUACAUCCUCGGCUUCGCUGUAUCAUGCGGCCUCGAGGCGUUUGCCACUGUUUGCGCGCUAGUGCUGUGGGUAUCAUACAAGUACGAUAACGCGAGACGCGAUCGCGAGUAUGGGCGUCCGGACCCAGGUGCCAAUGUGGAUACAAGCGAAUUGGCGGAUAAGGCGCCUAUGUUCAGGUACAUGGCUUAGUGAUGAGGGGCGUAGGAAUUUGAAAAAGAUUGAGAUGAUAGCAACUGUGUAUUUAUAUAAUGUGUUAAUCACUCUUCCCUAUGUCAACCUAGUUGAAUCAUGCACGCUAGGUUGUCAUAUAUGCUCUCCUGGAAAAUGAAAUCAUGCUGGGUCUCCCCUCGGA